AUGUCAAUUAUUAAUCGUAUCGCACAUGAUCUUAAUCGAGCAUUCGCAAUGUUUGAUGAACCAUUCUUUACAGCAGCUCGUAGAUUUCCCACACUUCCUUCAUCUUUAAUUAACAAUACGAGUUUCUUUCGUCCUUCUGUUGAUUUAGCCGAAACUGAUAAAAGUUAUGUGGUAGAGGCAGAAGUACCUGGUGUAAAAAAGGAAGAUUUAUCGGUCGAAUUUUUGGAUGAUCGUACAUUGAUCCUAAAAGGGAAAGUUGAAAGAGGUAGCGGUGCUGGUAAUGGAGAAGGAUUAAGAACUAUCGAUACUACUAAAAGUGAAGAGGGUACUGGUGGUGGUGGUGAUGAAUCAAGUACCACCGAUAUUGUUGAAUCAACUAAUGGAACUUCAAGUGGACAAUUGUUAAAUGAAAGAGCCGUUGGAUCUUUUCAAAGAUAUUUUCAAUUUCCUGGUAGAGUUGAUCCUGAAAAAAUAAAAGCAAGUUAUAAAGAUGGCAUUUUAUCAGUCACUGUACCUAAAGUCGCACAUGAAAGUAAAAAGAUUAACAUCGAAUAA